AUUAUUUAAUAUAAGUGUGUCAAUUAGGUACUUAAUUGUAACUACCUACUUAUAAGUAAUAUACAUUUUACACUUCAACACCACCUGAAAUUAAUGCCUCACCAUGCGUGAAAGUCGCGCAAGGCGCAAACAGCUGUUCAAACAAACAACAACACACUUUGUAUACCUCCACCGAGUCUCCGUAUUCCCCUCCAUAGAUGGCGCCACCGUCCCCGAGUAUUGAUUUCCGCCUCUCAGUACAGUCAUUCCACCCUCGGCAAUCAAUAGCCUGAAGUUGCGGGAAAACCCUAUUCACUAUUCAUUAAUCAGUCAUCAAGCUUAUCGCGUGUGUGCACAGCCUUUCCAAUAUCCAUUCAUUGAAGAUUAUCGCCAGAGAAUGGAGUAAAAACCGUAGUUUCGGCAGUCGAAGCAGCGUAUUGAUUGACCUUCAGUAGCCGGAAAGCGUGAUGUGUGUUUGAAGAUUCGCGGUGCGGUGUUGUCGUUUUCGCUUGUCGAUUGUUUUGCAUUAUUAUGCGUUCGCUGUCGGCCGUGCAAGGGGUGGCGCCUCUGCCGGCGCUAGGGCUGCCCGCGGCGGUUCAGGGCGACCCCGACGGGGACAUGGCCGGAGCGCAAGACACCAUCUACCUCUGCAACUUCCGCGUGUCUGUCGACGGCGAGUGGCUCUGCCUCAAGGAGCUCCACGACAUGGACGCGAUGCAAGACUCGUACAUCCGCCCGUCUGAGACUGCCGCUGUCACGUCGCCCAACGAUCCGAUGCACUCUUUGAUGGCGCGGGACCCGGUGGUCAUCGAGCGUAGCAACUUGGUGAACAUUUCUAAACUGAUCGUGAAGGAGUUGAUAGAGCAGUCCCUGCGUUAUGGCCGCAUGUUGGACAGUGAUCAUCUGCCGCUGCAUCACUUCUUCAUCGUGCUUGAGCACGUUAUGCGCCAUGGACUCAAACCUAAGAAGGGACUUCUCGGCCCUAAGAAGGAGCUGUGGGACAUUCUGCAGAUGGUUCAGAAGUUCUCUCCUGAAGCAGCCGACAUUACGGCCAGCGUUCGCGAUCUACCCACUGUGAAAACCGCCAUGGGUCGCGCGCGCGCGUGGCUGCGCCUGGCCCUCAUGCAGAAGCGUCUGGCCGAUUACCUCCGGAUCCUUCUAGAACAUCGAGAGGAAACCCUCGAAGAAUACUUCGAACCUCACGCCCUGAUGCUGAACGAAGAAGCCGUCAUCAUCACCGGCCUGUUAGUCGGCCUCAAUGUCGUCGAUUGCAACCUCUGUGUCAAGGAAGAAGACCUGGACAGCCAGCAGGGCGUCAUAGACUUCUCUCUGUACCUGCGAGGCAGCAGCUCGUCCAACGACCUGAGUAACAGCGGCAACGUCGCAACUGAGCCGAAGCAACGUCAUAUAAAUACCAUGCUCGACCAGAAGAACUAUAUUGAAGAGCUUAAUCGACAUCUCAAUGCAACAGUGGCGAACCUGCAAGCUAAAGUGGAAAGUCUGACGACUACCAAUGCUCUCAUGAAGGAAGACAUGGCCAUCGCUAAAAACACAAUGAUUUCACUAGUGGAGGAGAACAACCAACUCAAGUAUGCUUUAGGUCAAGAUAUAAACAAAGACACUAGGAUUAAAGUAGUGGAAUUACCGUCGGAUGAAGAGGAAAAACGUAGUAUUAAGAGUGCAUCGUCUGAUAAGGCAAAGAAUGAAAAGGACAGCGAAUUAUCCAAGGUAUUGGAGGAAGAGAGAAAGAAGUCGGCAGAGUUACAAAAGGAAUUAGACUUGCAGGUGUCGCUUAAAGCUGAAAUGGAAGUUGCCAUGAAAUUAUUAGAGAAAGACAUUCAUGAUAAGCAAGACACAAUAAUAUCGUUGCGACGGCAACUAGAUGACAUCAAACUUAUUAACCUUGAAAUGUACAAAAAACUUCAGGAGUGUGAGAUAGAACUAACACAGAAAGGAGAGAUGGUAUCGAGACUACAAGUGAAAGCUGAGCAAAUCGGCAAAAUACUGCACAACCUCGAGAAAUAUAACCAAUUUCUAGGACCCGAUAACGAUCUGUCUAAAGCACUAAGGUCCCCAACUACAAAUGAGGACAACCUAGGAGAAAAAUUAAUAAAGCUCAGAGCCGAAAGCAAAAAGGCCAAAGCAAAAGAUGAUGGUCCUCCAAAUAAAAAGCUAAACUUACAAGAAAUACCACCGUUCAGAAAGCCGGAAGGCAAAAAAAAUAGUAACGUUUAGGAACUAGCUGAGUAAAACAGGCGUUUUGAUCUCGCGACUUUCUGACUUCAUGCAUAAAAUUUUCUGUUUAGAAAUGUUCUCCCUUUACCUGCUAUAUUGUUAUUAACUUAAUAUCGUGCUAUCUUGAGAGGCUACCACACUUUUCUUGUUAACAAAACUAUUUCAUGAGCGUGAAUUGACCAGGUCUAUUAAGGAAGCCAAUGUAUUGACCCCGGUUGAAAGAUAAUAAUUAAUACCUAAGGUUCUAGCGUUUACUAACAUUUUACUUGCACGAGUUGACAUUGCUAAUGUUUUAUUGGCUUUGUUUUAGGAAUGUGAAAGUUCCUUGAAACAUAAAACAGAAUUAAUAGCCAAAUUGGAAGCAAAGACUGAAUCGAUGGGCACCACGAUAAACCAGCUCGAUGAAAAGUAGGUUGAUUUUUUUUAUAUGUCAUCGCAACCUCGGGGUAACCCUACAACUAUGGACUUGAAUGAUGCCUGGAGCAUAAUAUGCUAUUUUGUGUAUCGCUUUACAUAUCAGAUGGCUACUCUAAAUGCAUCCGUUUUGAUAGCACCUGCUAAGCUAAAAUAUAUACGGUGCUAUUUGCUCAGGGAAUACUAUUCCUCUAGUCAUAUUGCAUUGACGCUACAACAAAUAAUGAAUCAUAAAAUAAGUAGCACAAAGUUUAAUGUUUUGAAGCAGAGUGGCCAGCGCGUUGAUGCCUUAUAGCUUAGCUCAGAGUCAUAACGGAUGUAUGUAGAGUAGCAACGGAUACAUUUCACUUAUUUCAGUGUAAAUAAAUAAAGGAUUGAUAUACUGUUGCCAUCUGGCUAAAGUAUUGUGUUAAAGAGCGAGAAAGGUGGAAUUUUGGAGACAUGUGUGUGAAUUGGCUGGUUUACAUUGGAAUAAGUGAACGUUCCGGAUAUUUUGUAGGAAAUUAAGAGCACUUAUGUAGGUGUGGGCAGUGCACAGCUUGGAACUAUAGAGGUAAAAAAAAAUAUAUUGGCAAACCCCCACAAUAAACUUGAAACAUUGAUGUCAACUCUAUUUUUGAAAGUAUUUUUCAUAUUUUAGGAUCUCAUAGAUGUUAAGGCUACAGAUUGCUUAUAGCUUACAGUUGCUGUGGUAUUAAGAUAUUUCGUUAAAAGUUAUAAAACUUCUAAGUUUAUUUUCUUUCAUGAUGGUUGUUAUAGAAACUAUUCAAUAAGAUUAACCUUUUCAUAUUUACGUUGAUAAUGUGAUCUACUAGAAAUAUACUGUUUUGUUCUUGGUAUUUUGUUAAUCAUAGACACUAAUGUAAUUUACAAUAUACUAAAUUUGUUAUGUUGUUUAUAUAAAUUAAAUCCUUUGAUAAAAUAUAUUAUGUAUUGACGAAUGAACACCACAUUAGUAUAUUCGAUCUCAUUUGAUAAAUGAAAAAAUAUAUAAGGUAAUGUACAAUUAUAAUAUUGUGAUACAUAUUAGUGAGUAUUAGCUAAUGCUUAUAUUUAGCGAAAUCCGUGGAUCCAAUAAAUAAAUUGGCUUCCUUAAUAUACUUUUUUAUAAUUAGAAAACAUAGUGUGUACAAGUAUUGUUUAUAAUAAAAUAUUUUAAAAAACAUUCAUAAAUAAUAAAUCCUAUAUUCAAUGAA